GGUGUUUUGACAUAUCACAGGAUCUUCUGGUUAAUAUUCGUCGCAAUGUCCUGGUACGGGUCGUCUCUUCUUAUAGAAGCUCAGUACUACGCCUUCCAGAAUAACCCCAUUUCUUUUGUGGUGGAAACCACGUACAAAGACUGGCAAACUCAUUUUCCAUCCGUGGCGGUCUGCGAACAUGACAAUUCCGCACGUAUUGAACAUGUUUCUGAUAUGCUUUGGGGAGAAGAUCACGAUUUUAACAUGGAAGAAGUUUUAAAAGAGCUCGCCUAUUUCAAAGGGAUAACUUAUUAUACGUCCCAAUUCUGUGGCUUGGAGGAGCCAUUGCCAGACUGCGUCAAAAGCAACCUCAGUUACUACGCCAAUCUGGUUAGGACUCCUUGUGAAGAAAUGUUGACCAACUGUUCUUGGAACGACCAACCUUUCAGUUGCUGUGGAUACUUCAGACCAUUGGAUACAGAACUUGGGACAUGUUUUGCCGUUAAUACAAUACAAGGAAGGCAAGUAAUUCAAGCACUAAAACACUAUUAG